AUGAAGCUCGCAGUGACUGGAUGCACCGGUCGCGUCGGCCAACGCGUCGUCCUUGCCGCUCUGAGGCAAGGUCACGCCGUUUUGGGCAUCGAUAACAUCUUGAAAGAAGAUCUAGAAUUCGCCGUGGAUCCUGCGUUCACCUUUGUUCAGGUUGACUUGCGGAACUAUGAAGACACCUUGGAGGCACUUCAGAGCUGCGAUGCGGUCGUGCAGCUGGCGGCCUUAUCCAACCCCGGCGACUACAAGGCAGCCACCCAUAAUAGCAAUGUCGUAAUCACAUGGAAUGUCUUGCGGGCAUGCGCAGAGCUGGGAAUAAACCGGGUUGCUCAGGCGUCAUCGGUCAACGUCAUCAAACUCGUUUACAGCGUAAAACCCGCGAUAGAUUACUUUCCCAUCGACGAGAGCCACCCUUGCGAGCCAGACGAACCAUACGGGCUGUCGAAAGUGAUCGCGGAGCUUCAAGCAGAUACGAUCGUCAGACGCUAUCCAUCCAUGCGCAUCGCGAGCCUCCGCCUGCAUUGGUCCUGUCCCACACGAACCUCUGCCAAGCGCGGCGACCCAGCAAGACGCAGGAAUGACCUGUGGGGAUAUGUUCAGGAGGACUGCGGGGCAGAAGCAUUCGUGCUGGCCGUGUCUGGUGAGAACGAGCAGUGGUCUGGACACGAGAGGUUCUUCAUCACAGCGCCGGUCACUGCGCAUGACGAAGACACAAUGGUGUUGAAGGAACAAUUUUGGGCAGAUGUUCCAAUUAGGGAGGGGUACAACUUGGAUGGUCGAAAGACGUUCUUCGACUGUUCGAAAGCGGAACGAUUGCUCGGGUGGAAGCAUGACGAUGUGAUGGAUUAG